AUGGCGCUCCCCUCGGUCCGGCCGCGCGGCUGCGGGGGCGUGGAGGACGGCGAGAGCCAGCCCUUGCUGAAGCACAACGAAGAUGAGGGCAUCCUCCCGAAGGGAUCCGUCCUCGCCGCCUCGGUCUGCCUGUGCAAGGCGGCCAUAGGCGCGGGCGUCCUGUCCAUCGCGGCCCGCUGCGCCGAGGUGGGCUUCACGUUCCUGCUGGUGGCGCUCGCGGCGGGGGGCGUGCUGACGGUGGUCAGCAUCCGCAUGAUCGGAGAGGCCAGCAUCGCGACGGGCCGUUGGAGCUUCGAGGACAUCAGCGACGAGCUCUUCCACCCUGCCGUUGCCGUCGUCACGGGGCUGAUCCAGAGUGCCAACUGUAUCGGGGCGGCCGCUGCAUAUCUCAUCAUCUGCGGGCAGAUCUUUCAGGUGCUCACUGGCGCGGGCGAUGAGCUGCUCGCUCCCUUCGUAGUGGCCUGCGGGGUGUUCAUCUGUCUGCCCAUGGCUCUGGCGCGCCACUUGAACUUCCUGAGGUACGUGUCCGUCCUGAGUGUGGCAGGGCUCGUGUUUCUGGUCGGGGCCGUCGCGUACAUACUCCUGCGCCGCGGGCGUGAUGACACAGUCAGCGCCAGCACGAUCUCACACGGGGACGGGCGAGCCGACCUGUUCGUCCACAUGAACUGUCUGAAUUUGGUGGUGUUCGCAUACAACAACCAGUUCAACGUCCCGCAACUCACGGGUGAGCUUCGCCCGCUGGGCAAAGAGCAGGUCUCGAAAAUGGCCAAUCUCUCCACAGUGUCCGUAUUCGUCCUGUACGUGGCCGUUGCAUUGCUGGGUCUGCUCGCCUUCGGGGUUGGGGACAGGCAGCUAGACACGCUCGUGCUCGACAUGAGGCCACAUGCGGGAAGCCCGGUGGUUGCCGCGGCCUUGGUGAUGGUGAUGUUCAGCACCCUGAUGUGCUUCGAGUUUCACAUCUAUCCCAUCCGGCAGUUCCUGGCAUACACCGUCAGGAAGGUCCGCGGGCGUCAGGCUGGGGACGAAGCUUUGGACGAGCAGAUCUGGAGCGUCUCCGUGACGAGGUGGAUCGACGUCGUGUGUGCUGUGGGAGUUGUUGCGUUUUCGAUCGUGAUCGCGGUGCAUCUCAAGAGGGUGAGGCUAAUCUUAGACUUUGUCGGCGCUUUCGCGGGCGCGUAUACGUCCUACGUGAUCCCACCGUUGUGGAUCUUGAGGCUCCGCUGCCGGCAAGCCUCCGAUGCCGCGGGCGUCAGCCCGUACGAUUCUGCCAGCCUCUGCUGGGCCGUCUUGGCCAUCGGCGUGUUCCUGUUCUUCUUCGGGACGUAUGCUGCCAUCUGCUGCUCAGAACCUAGAUGA